AAAUUCGUAAGGUGUGGUUUCCCCACUUGAUGACAUGGCCGCUCCCCAAGAACCACCAAAGCUUGAGGCGAAAUCUCCUCCAGCCGAGCCUCAAAAGAAAAGCAGGGAGGACUUUAACUUUGACAGAAUCAUAGGAGAAGGUUCUUAUUCGACGGUUAUAUUGGCUACAGACAAGUCAAGCAAGAAGCAAUAUGCCUUAAAGAUUCUUGAUAAGAGACACAUCAUAAAAGAGAAGAAGGUCCAGUAUGUUAGCAGGGAGAAAGACGUACUUGCUCGCAUUGAUCAUCCCUUCUUUGUUAAACUCUAUUUCACUUUUCAAGACAAAGAUAACCUUUAUUUUGGACUAAGUUUUGCCGAACAAGGGGAACUUUUGGACUACCUAAGAAAGGUUGGGGCUUUUGAUGAGAAUGCAACACGGUUCUACACAUCAGAGAUAGUCAUUGCUUUAGAAUAUCUUCACGGGAAGGGAAUAAUACACAGAGACCUAAAGCCAGAGAAUAUACUCCUUAAUAAAGACAUGCACAUACAGAUAACUGACUUUGGUACUGCAAAGAUUUUUGAAUCCGACGAAGACGAGAAGGCCAGUUCGUUUGUUGGUACUGCCGAGUAUGUUUCACCUGAACUCCUUCAAUCAAAAGUAGCCUAUAAAAGCUCAGACUUAUGGGCUCUUGGUUGCAUCAUAUACCAGUUCCUGGCAGGGCGACCUCCUUUCCAUGCAGCGAAUGAAUACUUGUGUUUUCAAAAGAUCAUUAAACAUGAAUACUCCAUACCGGAUGGAUUCCCAGACAAUGCAAAAGACCUAGUGGAGAAUUUACUAGUAUCUGAUCCUACCAAGAGACUUGGAUGUGAUAAAAUGGGUGGAUACCCACCACUAAAAGCCCAUUACUUCUUUACAGAUGUGAAUUGGGAUAACGUUCAGAAUGAAACUCCACCUACUCUCCUCCCAUACUUACCCUCUACAACUAAGGGAGAGGCUGGAAUGCACAGUGACUACAAUAUGCCAUCUUCUACGAGUGAGCAGGACUUUGAAGACAGGUUCUUGCAGUGUUUCGGGCUCGGAGAUCCCUCAAAGACAGAGUCAAAGGCUCGCUCUGGUACUGAACAAGACAUACUUGACAGAGAAGAAAAACUCAAACAACAAGCCUCAACUUCAACAUGGCAUCCGUUUGUUAAUGGAGAGCUUAUAAUAAAGACUGGGCUUGUGGAUAAAAGAAAAGGCAUGUUCUCUAAGAGAAGACAGCUCAUACUAACUGAUGCUCCUCGAUUGUAUUAUGUUGAUCCAGUGGCUAUGGUACUAAAGGGAGAAAUACCAUGGUCAAGCAAUAUCAAAAUUGAGCAGAAGAAUUUUAAGAUAUUCUUUGUUCACACUCCGAAUCGGACCUAUUACCUUGAAGACCCAACGGGUUCUGCCAAAAAGUGGGUAGAAACACUAAACAAGUCAUUGGUUUUAUACAAGUCACAGAACAAAUAAAUGAUAGCUAGUAAUUAUUAUACUUAUUUGUGUCACAUCAUGCAUGUUCUAUCGACUGUUUUAUAUAGUCUUUUUUAUAAUUAAUUAUUAUUUUAUAAUAAUAAUAAUAGUUACAUUACAACAAA